AUGGUCCAAUUCAACACCCUCGUUCUCGCCACCAUUGGCCUUGCUCUUCCUGCGGCAGCCCAGAAGAACUUCUGUGCCUCUAAGGACGGUACCCCAUGGGCCAGAGCAUCGACUGGAUUUGGGUUCAAAUCGACUAGUUCGUCAACUUGGCAGUGGUACUCGGUCGAUUAUAAUACGGACCUCAAUAUCUACCAGGAUUGCAAUGUUGUGCAGAGGCGACCCGGCAGCCAACGAGCUCUUCGACAGUUCUGUAUCGCUACAUCCAACAACUACCAGUGUUGGGAGGCUCCCGGUCUGAACGACCCAACUGGAUCCUGCUUUCUGCCCGACUGCUCUAACAUCAACAACGUCUGGGCCUGGUUCGACUAG